GAUUAUGAAAAUUCUGUUUUUCUUGGACAAACUUCCAUUAGAAAGAAAACGCUACGAAAUUAUGCACCAACCCAAUAGAAUGCGCGGGUAGCGAUCUCCUAAGGUAUAUCUGUUGGUAGCAGAUGUGCAACAUUCUGGUCCUUAUACCUAGCAACUAUGCGGUCGCUAGGUGCCAUACGCUCCUGGUGGCAAGCAAAUUAAAACCAAUCUGGCUUCGUCGUAUGGCAGAUUGACGCUUUUUAUUUAAUUUUCUUAAACUUUACGCUAAUCCAGGGUCCAGGUUCAUCCGUAUUUUUACAUUUUCUUUUGUGUUGAGGUAUGUACGAAUGUUGGACCGACAGAGCUCUCUGGCAUCCAUGCAGCGCGGAUUAGAAAGUUGAAAAUGCUGUUUGUAGCAAAUGAGCAACAAUAACAAUUUUGGGCCUACUGCUUACAAAUUUGAUUUUUAUAUAUUUUUUCCAAUUGACCCGCGUUCUAGGACAGCGAUUCCCAGACUCCUUUGAGUCACGACCCACUUGCUGACGUACAGAACAUUUCGCGACCCACCGGAAUCCAGAACGAGGUAUUUUCAAAGCAAUCAUGACGUGAAGAAAACUGAUAAGCCUUUUCUGUGGGGCAUGGUUACCCUGAACCGAUGCGGAUGUUAUGAUUUUUUUUAUACUGGGGAAAUGUAUACAACCCACCUUUGAUGCCUCUCACGACCCACAGUUUGGGAACCGCUGUUCUAGGACGUGAGUGAAACCUACAGAUUUUUUUCCGCCGAAAAAGACAAAAUCACGCAUUAAAGGGUUAACCCUUUCCCCUUGACGCCCGAGUACACUCGUUCACGGGAAAUCAUCCCGCUAGUGCGACUCCGGAAUUACUUAUUUUCAAACUUCACAUUCUCAAGCCGGGCACACUUUCAAUUAUUUCUAUAUUUUAUCCUUGAAAGUUGUAUUUGCUUUACACCGGGAACGCUAACAAAAAAAAGGGAAAAAGCGUUGGGCGCUACCGUGUCAUUUAAAACAGCGGUGAAAGGAUUAGGGGAGGAGCAUGCGCAAUUAACACUAGCUGUCGUCGAGACCUGUCAAAACUACGAGAUGCGAAUGCCUCAACAGCAUGUCGACUCAACUUAUUUCUGUGCACUCGGAAAUAAAGCGUUUCAGGAGGGGACUAGCUCCUAUGGAAAACUGGCGCCGUUACGACACUACGCCGUUGCGACACUACGCCGUUGCUGAGAGCAUACAAAGGCUUUGAGAUAGUGAAAGCUACGAGAGGAGAUGCUAGCAUCUUGAUUCCUUUUCUAAUUGUAUCUAUGAAUUUGUGAUCUAGUGGCAUUGCAAAUUCACCUCGUGAGGAAAUUUUAAUUUUGGGACCCGUGUCAAGUACGAAUCGCUUCUUGGAAAGGACAUCGCAUAGUAAAAAAAGUUAUGUAUACCUUCGCAGGCGAUUCUUAUUCCCCGAAAUCUUGUUCCUUUGCUUUUGGGGACGUGACUCGAUGAAUCUUGUUCUAGUUUUUUAUUUUAUUUCCCCAGAAAGCUUUUGGACAUCUACCUGUAUUCUUUUUGAGAUUAUGCCAUUUUCAGAGUUUCCUAUGGCAUUGUGUCUACUUCAAGAGUGAAUUUUUGGAUGCUAUGAAUGCAGAGAAACUGUUUUUCCCAGAUCCUCAGAUGAGAUUCAAUGACCUCAAGAACUGGGAGCCAUUAUUGAAAGACCAAGAAAAGAAGAGAAGCAGCUCGAGUGCCUCUCCAAAGAAGCCUCCAACCACUUUGCGAGAGAGUUUUGAAAGUGACGAGGAUGGAAGGAGAGAAGGGAAUGUGACAGAGGUGAAUGGCAAUCGAGUUGCCAUCUUCCGACAUGGCAAAAAUCUCUUUGGGAUCCAAGCCAACUGUCCCCAUGCUGGUGGUCCUCUGUACAAAGGAGAUAUAGAGGAACUGCCCGAUGGAUCCCUUUGCAUCAGGUGCCCUUGGCACUCCUGGUGCUUCCAGCUGUCAACUGGGAAAUGUAUCUGGCCGAGUGGGCAGAACGACGUCACUGUGACAGUUUAUCCAGUUCAUAGACGGAAAUCUGACCAAGCUGUUCUUGUUGGAUUUGAUUCUUUCCAUAAAAAGUACUUCUCUGACCGCGAUUUUUAAGUUAAUCCCUUUGCUAGUCAACUCAUUUCAUUAUGCAAAUUCCAAGCUUUAGGACUACAUUACAGGUGUCAAUGUUUCCUGUAACUUGUUUAUGCUUCAC